AUGGAUGACCGCAAGGAAGUGUACCGACAACUGAGUAGCAAGGAACACUACAGACAACUACCAGCCAACCCGACCAAAGAGCACACCUGUGAACUAAACACAUUGAUCAAGAUUUUUGAGCCAGUCCUUCAGAUGGUGGAUGUCUACCAAGCUUGGUGUGGUCCAUGCAAGGCAGUCGUCAGUUUGUUUCGGAAGAUUAAAAAUGAAUUGGGAGAUGAUCACUUGCACUUUGCCGUGGCUGAAGCAGAUAUUAUUGAGUCAUUGCAAAAAUACAGAGGGAAAUGUGAACCCACAUUCCUUUUCUAUGGAGGAGGACAGUUAGUUGCUGUUGUGAGAGGAGCAAAUGCCCCAUUGCUACAAAAGACCAUCCAUGAACAACUACGCACUGAAAAGAAGGUCCUAGAGGGAGGAGCUGAACGCAAAGUGAUCAGAGAUGAAGGCUUGUCAGAAGAGCAAAAGGAGGAAGUGAUAUUGGUGGAAGACAAUGAAGAGGAGGAUCUGGUUACUACCAACAAAUCUUACACAGUAGCAAUCAUCAAACCCGAUGCUGUGGCUCAUGGGAAAGCAGAUGAAAUAAUAAUGAAGAUUCAGGAAGCAGGCUUCGAAAUUUUAGCUCAUGAGGAACGGACGUUAACCAAGGAAGAGGCCCAUGAUUUCUACCGACAUAAAGCUGAAGAGUCCCAUUUUGAGGAGCUGAUUCAGUUCAUGUCUAGUGGUCCUUGUCAUAUUCUGAUCCUGUCCAGACCUGAGGGAACAGUUGAUGUCAUUCCAUUGUGGAGAGAAUUUAUUGGUCCAACAGAUGUCCAAGUUGCAAAGCAGGAGAGGCCUGACAGUCUCCGAGCUCUGUACGGGACUGAACACGUAUUCAAUGCAGUUCAUGGGAGUGAUGACACGGACCAGGCCAGCAGGGAGUUGGCCUUCUUCUUUCCCAGCUUUGGAACAACAUCUGAAGCUCAGAUUCCGACUCAGCAAGAAGAGAGGGUUCAGAAAACGCUCGCUAUAAUCAGGCCAGAUCUCUUAAAGGAGAGAAAAGGUGAUAUACUACAGAAGAUUGCAGAAGCUGGUUUUAUGAUUGCUCUGCAGAAGGAGGUUGUGAUCACUGAGAAACAAGUUUACGAAUUCUAUAGUGAGCACACACAGGAGGAAUACUUCCCAGCUCUCCUUCAGAACAUGACCAGCGGACCUGUGUUGGCCUUGGCUCUUGCUAGCACCGACGCAGUUGAACGUUGGAGGAAUCUGCUGGGACCAAAGGAUGUGAAUCAGGCAAAGGAGGAAGACCCUGAAAGCCUCAGAGCACAGUUUUCAAUGGAAACUGUUCCAAUUAACCAGCUGCAUGGUAGUGGAACACCUCAGGAAGCAGAAAAGGAGCUGAAGUUCUUCUUCCCCAUGGAGCAGACACUGGCUGUUAUCAAACCUGAUGCACUGGAGGAUCAUCAAGAUGAAAUUAUACAGAAGAUUAAACAAGCAGGCUUCAUUAUAUCACACAUGGAUGAAAAAACUCUAAGCCGGGAAAUGGCAGAAGAGUUCUAUAAGGAACACAAGGGUAAACCAUUCUUUGACCAACUGGUUGACUAUAUGUCUGAAGGUCCCUCGUUGAUGAUGAUUUUGAGUAAGGAGAAUGCAGUGGAAGAAUGGAGAAAUUUAAUGGGCCCCACAGAUCCUGAGGAAGCCAAACAAACAGCACCGGACUCUCUACGAGCUACGUUUGCAAAGAACAUCUUGCAGAAUGCUUUGCAUGGCAGCUCUGAUCGGCUCCAAGCUAUGGAAAAGAUCCAAUUUGUGUUUGGGGACAUAAACAUUGGAGCAGAUGGGGUUGUCCAAGGUAUUGAACCAGAUUUGGAGAAGGUGAUAAGUCCAGAAUCCAGGGAAGAGUCUGAAGGUGCAACGGAGGCUGGCAAUGCGGAGAGAACGGACGGGGCUGCAGUCGAUAAUGAGAACACAACCACUGACAACUCGCAGAGCACUGUGAGUGAGAGUUCACACAGUCUAUCCAAUGAAGCAGCAGAGAAGGUGGACAGUGAUGCUCCUGUAGACUCAUCAACUAAUAGUUCACAAAGCACUGUGAAUGACAGCUCUCAGAGGAGUCUAUCACACGAAGUGGCAGAGGAGGAGAGAGUCAAUAGUAAUGAUGAAGGAGCUGAGCACGAGUAGGAUUCACUUUGGUGUUGAGAUCAUGAUACAAGUGAAAAGGGAGGAAAUUGUUAUAAGAAGUAGAGACAAAAGAUCAUUCUGUACGUACACACACACACACUGCAUUGGCCGAUCGCAUUCCAGAAUUUAACUUGUUGUAAGUCAUCAAGACUCACUGCUCCAGGAAAGAACAUCCAUGUACGAUGUGGUUCCACAGAACAAAAGGCAUUUGAGUAAGUUACUGGAGCCUGGUAUGUGCCUGUGGAUCAAUAAUCCAGCAAAGACAUCAAGUGGAGACAGACAGAAAAAUGACAAGAAAACAAAAAAUACUCCUGCCAUCACAACAACAACAGAAUUUGCAGCGUAAAUUCUAUCUGAAAGCUAAUUGCACAGACAAUACAUUCUUCUUUUACA